AUGUGUCCUGUCAUGUCCUGGCUGCUCUGCCUGUGCCUCUGGGUCAGUGUCACUGCCAUUCAGCUGUGUCAGGCCACUUUCUACGACACCAUCCAGCAGCAUCAUGGGACGAGGCCUGGACGAACCACCAUUCACAUGAUUGAGGGGGGCACGUGUGAAGUAAUUGCUGCUCACAGAUGCUGUAAUAAGAAUCGUAUUGAGGAGCGGUCACAGACAGUGAAGUGUUCUUGUCUGCCAGGGAAGGUAGCUGGGACCACCAGAAACAGACCUUCAUGUGUUGAUGCAUCCAUAGUAAUUGGGAAGUGGUGGUGUGAGAUGGAGCCUUGCCUGGAGGGGGAGGAAUGCAAGACGCUCCCUGACAACUCAGGCUGGAUGUGCUACGCUGGCAACAAGAUCAAAACCACGAGGAACACUCAGCCAUACACAACAUCAACAUAUUAACACUUUGUGGAAUGGAUGCAAGGGAAUGCCUCUGGUGCAAAGGUUAAUUUGCAGCACUGUCACAGGACCAAUUACCACAAAGACAAUGAUCCUAUUGUUGCUUUAAGAAAUGUGAACACUUCUCAGAUUAAAGUGUAAAAAGAUGUAGAAUACAUAAAGCACAUCCUGCUCAAGGCUUCUGAAAAUACUGAUGCUCCAAGCUGCCUGCGGGGAACUUCAUCAUAACCUUGUAAUAAAUAUAUUUUCAUCAUUUCUUUCUAACUUUGAGGUGGAACAUGAAUGUCUGCAUUUGGAUUAAUAUCUGGAUAGCAUCUUAUGUCCUUCCUCAGACAUCAGUGAGACAGAUGUCUGC